AUGUCUAAUACUCCAUAAAAUUCAUCCAUCCCUACUAUAGAUUCAAAAAAGAAAUCUAAAUUGAAGGAGAUAUAAGCUAAAAUGAAAUAAAAGAUGCUAUUUUCAGGAACAUAAUCUAUCUCAUAAAAUAAUACUCGUUUUAGUGUUUUGGAAAAUAAAUUAGGUCUCAGAGCUCUUUCAAGAUCAGAUAGAUUUGAUGUUGUACUCAAAGAAUUUAAAGGUCUUGAUACAUUUUUCACUAUCAACGAACUUUUAUAAGAAUUAAAUACAGCUGGUGUGGAUGAUAGAAAAAAUGAAAUAUAAAGAGAUAAAAUUAAGAUUUUGUUAGAAUAAGAAAAAAUUAAAAGAUGGAAAACUCAAUUUCCUUAACACUUAGAGUUUGAAUCUAAUACAAGGUUUAGUGUUAAAAGUGAUCUACUUUUAAGAGCAAGAAAUUAACUUAAUUUAGAAAAAUAUGAACCAUAAUUAUUUGAAACAAUCUAAAAUCUUAAACCAUACCUUAAAGAGAAGUUCAAAAAUAUAGAUUUGAGAGAAAAUCCAUAACUAUAAUUGUUCAAAGAUAUUACCGACAUUAAAUAAAUUGAAAAAGAAUAAAAAAAAAAUAUUAUUGCCAGACUAAGUACUAAUAUAGAAAGUAUGACCUAAAUACUGCCAUUAAAAGAAACUAAAAAUCAAGAUUAUUAUGAUACUUUCUAAAGCGAAGCAGAUAAACUAAGAAUAAGACUUAGAGAAUAAUAAAUGGAAUUUUUUAAUAAGAAAUGGGGUAAUUCUAUUGUUAAAAUGAAGGUGAAGGAUCAGCAAUUCAAAAGAUAAGCUCAAAAUAAUUUUAAAAGAAUGCAAACCAUUUAAGUUCAAAAUUAAGAAAGAAAAAAAAAAGCAGCAAGAGAAACUAUAACAGAUCCUUUCAUGAAAGAAUUAAUUUCAGAUGUAUGUUAUGAAGAAGCUGAAAUGAUGGAAGAAAAAAAAGAAAUUUAAUAAAUUUUCAGACAAAUGCAACUUACACAUGAUUGUUUUUAUAAGAAAUACGAAGAUCCAGAAGUCAUAGGAUUGAGAAUGAUUACUAAAUGA